AGGUUCCGAUACAUAGUCCUCCAAAAGCUGGACAACUUUUGCCUACUUUGGAUCUACUCGGUCCCACCGAAGACGAUGAAGAGGAUGAACUUGAAGAUUCCUUUACCGCCGAAAGUCUCGACAAGAGUAGCGUUCAAGCGUUAAAGGCAACCUCAGCACGACCUUUUCAAACGAAUGAUAUAGCCAUAAACAAUGGCAUUGACAGACCCGAGAAAUAUUGCUUCUCUGUGUCCAGCGUAGAUUGCCACGACAAAUAUGGUGACAUGGGAAAAUACUCUGGGAGCAUUCAUGCACUGGAAAACUUGCCGUAUGGUACUGGAACAAUGAAAUAUGAAUCUGGCCGCGUUUACUCGGGUGCUUGGGUGAUGGGCCAGUGGCACGGCAAAGGUACCCUAAUGAACCCGAACGGCGACAAAUACGAAGGAGAGUUUCUCCUCGAUGCCCGCCACGGGAAAGGAGCCUAUCGAUGGGACAACGGUGAUCUGUAUGUUGGAGACUUUUUUGAAGACAAACGUCAUGGAUCGGGAAAAUUCUCGUUUCACAAUGGAAACAUGUACGAAGGAGAAUUUCAUGAUGGAAUGCCACAUGGAUACGGUACCAUGCAAUACGUGGACGGCCGAACCUACAUUGGCGAAUGGAAGUAUGGUAGGUGGCAGGGAGCAGGACGAGUCACUUUCAAAAACGGAGAUAUCUACGUCGGUGAUUUUGAUAUGGACCAGCGCCAUGGAUUUGGUCGUUAUGCAUGGGCAGAUGGGCGAGUUUACGAUGGAGAAUUUUAUCGUGAUCGGCGCGAAGGAUCUGGAACAUACUUGUGGCCAGAUGGGUCUUCGUACGUCGGGAAAUUCUCUGCGGGGCAGAGACAUGGCAAAGGUGUUUACUCGUUCUUGAAUGGAUCUACCUACAGCGGCGAAUGGAAAAAUGGAAGGUAUCACGGUGUCGGA